AAGGAGGGCAGGCUGCGUGUAGCCUCCAGGGUUGAACCAGGAGGCGAGUGGGGACCUCAGCAGCCCAGCCCGAUCUCUUGGGGCGUUAGCUGCGCUGUCCGGCCCGGCUCCCCACCAUGUUAUCGCGGGGAGCAGCGAGCGGGUGGGCUCUGCGCGGGGCGGCGCGGGCUGGCGUGCAGCAGCGGCCGCCACCGUUCCGCGGGUUCCGCGCCUCUCCGCGGAUGCGGUCUGUCAUGCCCUCCUGGGUCAUAGACCGGUACGGCCGCAACGACGUGCUGCGCUUCACCAGGAACAUGAUGUUCCCCAUCAUACACUUCCCGAACGAGGUCAUCAUUAAGGUUCACGCCGCGAGCCUGAACCCCAUCGACCUUAGCAUGAGAAGUGGUUAUGGUGCAACUGCAUUAAAUAUGAAGCGGGAUCCCCUGAAACUCAAAAGCCAGGACACUGAAUUUCCAUUGACACUUGGUCGAGAUGUCUCUGGGGUUGUUAUGGAAUGUGGACUGUCUGUAUCUUAUUUCAAACCUGGAGAUGAGGUGUGGGCAGCAAUUCCUCCAUGGAAACAGGGCACACUGUCAGAGUUUGUGGUUGCUAGUGGAAACGAGGUGUCUUUUAAGCCAAAGUGUCUCAGUCACACGGAAGCUGCCUCCUUACCAUACGUAGGUCUCACAGCGUGGUCUGCUGUUAACCAGGUUGGAGGACUGAACCAAAGUAAUUGCAGUGGGAAAAGAGUAUUAAUAUUAGGAGCUUCAGGAGGAGUUGGUACAUUUGCUGUACAGCUAGUGAAGGCCUGGGGUGCUCACGUGACAGCAGUUUGUUCUCAUGAUGCCAGCACACUGGUGAAAAAACUCGGAGCAGAUGAUGUGAUUGAUUACAAAUCUGGAAAUCUGGAAGAGCAGCUUAAAACAUUACCCUUAUUUGAUUUCAUCCUAGAUAAUGUUGGUGGAUCCACUGAGAAGUGGGCUCUAGAUCUCCUGAAGAAAUGGUCAGGAGCAACAUAUGUUACCUUAGUAACACCUUUCCUGAUCAAUAUGGACAGACUUGGAGUGGCUGAUGGCAUGUUACAAACAGGAUUCACUGUUGGUUCCAAAACUGUAAAGCAUUUCUUAAAAGGAGUCCAUUAUCGGUGGGCAUUUUUUAUGGCAAGUGGCCCAAGUUUGGAUGAGAUUGCAGAACUAGUUGAUUCUGGAAAGAUUCAGCCAGUUAUUGAUGAAGUCUUCUCUUUUUCUGAAGUUCCAAAGGCCUUUCAGAAAUUGGAAGGAGGACAUGCACGUGGAAAAACAGUGAUCAAUGUAAUUAGUAAAAAAUAAAGUAUCUCUAAUCAUUA